CUCAUCUUAUAUCGAUAUCAUGAUUCUCAUUCUCUAUAUUCUAUAACGUCACUACAUACAACUGUAACGUGAGUUCAGUCCGCGCUUCGUAUCCUUCCACAGCUGACGUGUGUCACAUAAGCAGGGUUCUAACUACGAUAAACAUGUCAACCAAAGACGGAGGGCCGGUCGUUUGUAACAGCUGUAAUGGUGCUAUCCAGGGCAGAAUAGUGACAGCCCUGAACAAGAAGUGGCACCCGGAGCACUUCACCUGCAACACCUGUCACAAGCCUAUAGACGGAGCCAAGUUCCACCAGCACGACGGAGGUAUACACUGCGUCAUCUGCUACGCUAAAUAUCACAGCCCGAGGUGCCAUGGGUGUGGGGAUCCCAUCACUGAUCGUGUGAUCCAAGCUCUGGGUGUGUCGUGGCACGCUCACCACUUCGUGUGUGGUGGCUGUAAGAAGGAGCUCGGAGGAGGUGGCUUUAUGGAACAGGCCGGUCGUCCAUACUGCUCGUCCUGCUACGCGGACAAGUUCGCAGCGAGAUGCGCCGGCUGCUCGUCCCCUAUUGUGGACAAAGCGAUCAUCGCGCUCGAUAACAAGUGGCACCGCGACUGCUUCACUUGCACCAAAUGCCGGAACCCAGUAACCGACUCAACGUUCUCUGUGCUGGACAACAAGCCGCUGUGCGGUAAAUGCGCUUGAGGGCCUCGAUGACGUCACAACCCCCCUACCCCAAAGUGCACGCACACAACACACACCUUAUACAACACUAAACUCAAACAAUACCGAGUCUAUACAUCGGGGUCGCGCCGCGUGCUGGAGAGCUGUCGCAUACUAUUUAUGUUUUAAUUAUAUUUAAGUGCUGUUAUUUCCUAUUUAUUAAAAGCUUCUUUAUAUCACAAAGACAUGUAAAUAAUAUUAUUUUUUUAUUAAUAACACACAGCUUACAAACGUAUCACCUGUAAGCGAUAACGUCUCGACGUUCGUUCUCUGCUACAUGAAUUCUUCAAUAAAUAAUAUAUUUUUAC